UCGACUAUAUAAUUUGGUGUUGCUUUUGAAAUAAGGUUACAUUGCGUAUUUUAUGGAACUAUUGCGAAAGUAAAUAUUAAAACUAAAACCUAAAAAUCAUAUCUACUGUUCAUUUUGGAAUUGAAAUUUCAAAUUAAAUCAUUAAUGACAGACUUGGACCAAUUUGGAAAUUAGCUCACUUUGCAUUAUAGAGUAAAUAUUUAUUAUCUGCACAGACUUUGGUACCAUUAUAUGGAAAGUAUUUAUUAAUUAUAAUUAGUUAUUUUAUGAGUUAGAUGUUCCUCUGAGUACUGAGUAAUAUUUAAGUAAUACGAGUAUACUUAGUUACGUAACUAACAUUAUCAAUUAAUUACUAUGACCUACAUUUAGAGUAUCAUUUACAUUAAUCAUUAGUUUACUUUUUAUACAACUAAUGCAUGUAUAUAGUCGUAUCUUUUCUUUAAUAGUAAUAAAAAUAUAUUCUUUGUUUAAAAACUAUUUGUAUAUUAAAUAAUCUCUAUUUGUUGGGUCAAAUUCUUAUUAUUUACUUAAUUUACGAUUGAGAAAUUCUCCCCCAAAAAUUUAUAACUAGUCUUUCCCCUUCUAACGGCCGACACGUACCUCAAUCGGGAAUCGAAUCUACUGACUUUGAACGCUCUGAAGUGGACACAGUGUAUAAUGUUGUUUUGGAUUUGACACGCUCCCAGCCGCUAACAACGAUCCUGUAUAAAAAUUUCAGAGAGCGCAGCAGGGUGGCGGCGUCCAAGUAUGCCGGCGGCGGGGUCUCUCUCGGGUCCGGCGCGCUGAGGCGCGGCAUGAAGUGCGCCGGCGCGGCGGGCGGCGGGCCCGACGAGCUGCUGCUGGGGGGCUGCUGGCUCGACCCCAAGCACGACGCGCCCUCGCCGCCCUGCCACGAGCUGCUGGACUCCCUGCUGUCCCCUCCGCCCGAGCUCAAGCCGCUGCCGCCCUUCACCGGCUACACCGGCCACCUUUCCAUCAACGGCAUCUCCGGCCACCACUUCCACGCCAUCGCGCAGCGCUUGCCCGAGGAGAACAACAACUACCCGACGCAGAGCGGCUACGGCGCCGACCACGACGUCGUCUCCUCCUCGACAUGCGCCGCCGACUCCGAGCCUCCCGACUUGGAGGACGUCAAACCCUUCCCUUUAGACACGGACACGAAACCGUUCCCGGAGUCUUCUGUGCCGUCAGUGGACUCGUGCGCCAAGUCGUGCUCGCCGCGUAAGUUCUUCGACGACAACAAGCCGGACAUGUAUCCGUGUGACAUCAGCUCCAUGGACGACAUAGCGGCCAUCAUCGGCUCGGCGAUAGCCGACACCACCGUGCCGUCCCAACCCGAAGACCCGGAGAAAAGCGACUCAAAAGACAGCUGGCUGGACAUCGACGCGUGGAUAGCGGGAGCGUACAGCCAGCACGGGGAUAAAAUCGUCCCACAGGAUUUGUCCGAGUUCGGUCUCCCCGGGUCUCCACCGCCUUCGCAGUGCAGUCAUCAGUCGAGCAUAGACUUUCCGUGCAAACCCAGUCAGGAGUUCUUGAAAAGCCACGAAUUUCUUCAAAAAAAUUUAGGCCACGCGGGAUCGACGCUUCAGUCGCUGCUAACGCAGAAUUAUAUGCCGCUCCUUCAGAAUAGAUUACAGAACGGUCCUCCAGUGAAGCAGGAAGCCCCGAGCUCGACCAGCUACGGCAUGGAUGUCAUAUCGACGUCCUCCCCGCCCGGCAACGCCGUGUCCACGACGGACGGCGUGGGCAGUCUGCUCAACGGGCGGUACGCCUCGCACUACGCACUAGGGCUGAAGCCGGACGGUCUCUGCAGCCCAGAUCGACUGCUGGGCUACCCGCACGCGCACACGACGACGGUGACGCCCUCCAACAAGAGCAAACGAAGUAGAGCAAAGGCAAAACAACCGAACAACGGUCUCCACGGCAGCUCGCUGUCGUUCGCGUCGGCGACGUCGGCGGAACUGAGCGGGCUGCUAGGCAAGGAGAAGCCGGUGCACCGCUGCGGGAUCUGCAACCGAGGGUUCCUGAACAAGUCCAACAUCAAGGUGCACCUGCGCACGCACACAGGCGAGAAACCGUUUCGGUGCGACGUGUGCGCGAAGGCCUUCCGCCAGAAGGCGCACCUCAUCAAGCACCAGCAGAUCCACAAGCGGAUCGGGCGGGACUAGGGGCGUGACCCCUCUACCGCUAGCUCAAAAUGAAGCAUUUCUGUAGCUCGUAGUUGUGUGCGUGAGUGGUGAGUGAACGAAUUCAUAUUUGUAUAUCUGUGUGGGUGCCCUCUAGAAUCUCGUGGUGUUUGUGUAUGACUCUAUCUAUGUAAUAUCGUUGUCUUAUAACGUUAGGAACGACGUCUGUUGUAACCCUGUAGAAUAACACUCCUCCUAAGGACAAGUGCAAUGUUAACUAGUUUUAAGUCCUUCAGAUUUAUUUUGAUGUAGAUAAUAUUGUUUAUAAUUUGUUAUGUAGCGAAAGUUUCUAUAACUUGACUUAUCCCUAUGUUAUACUCCUCGGUGGCCGCCGCCGUCGGUAAGUAUCGCGUUCCGUUUGAGUGAUGGCUCUACGGACGUCUACGAAGGCUCAUGGCGUCUCGUUUGUUACUCAGUAUCAGUACAAAAUAUCAAAUGUACAGCAAUUUCUAAAAAUCGUAGUCAAAUCUGAUUUUAAAACAAAUUCGUGGGUUUAAUAUUUCUGAUGUAUAUUUUACAAAGAUUAGAAAACGUUGACAAAACUAGACUUUGUUUUAAAGAUUUAACGUAAAUAAGCUCAGUGUCACACUCUAAAUAAAACGUAUUUUGGCUAAGAUUUUUACAAAAGGUAAAAAGUAGUGUUUGGCACUCAUUGAGUGGGAACUUUUUUGGUCGCUAAUUGUGCAUCCAUUUUUUAAUAGGAGAUCGAUGGUAAUGGUACAGAUAAAAAUAUAGAAAUUUACUUACAAACUAAAAUAUUUAUUUGGCGUUGACAUGUUCAACGAAACAAGAAAAUCUUCUUAGGAAUUAUAUUUCCGUAUGGUAAAAGAGUCCAUGCAGUUAUUUUCUCCCUAUUUGAAGUCAAAAAAUGAUUUAUAAAACACGCGUUUGUUUGUCUUGUUAUGCUUUAUAUGAUAUUGUAUAAUAUUAGGUUUUUUUGUACAUUUUGAGGACAAAGCAUAAGAGGCUACAUGCAGAAAAUAUUGAUUGAUUUAUUUAUUGUUAAGUUUAGCAAUUUAUUAAAAUAAAACACUUCCAAUAACUCUGUCCUUUCCAAGUUAACCCUUGUGAGUACUUACAUGACACUUUUUCUUCUUAACAACGUCACAAAUUAAAAUAAAACAUUAUUCUAGGAAUUUAAUAUACUAAAUUAUUAAUUAACUAAUAAUUUAUUUGACUUUUUUGCUUAUUUUGUUCUUUACAUUUAAAAAUAAUCAAUAUUGUUCAAAAUAUUGUCCUACCUUGAAAUAAAUACGAAUAUUACCAAAUUUCGUUUUACAAGGAAUAAUCUAAACUAUAUACACAUUACAUAUACUAGUUAAGUCAUGUUUAUGAUCUAUAAAAGCAAAGGCCAAGAAGGAGAUGAUUCAUACGAUUGUAUUUCAACUACCUAGAGCUACUUAACCUACAUAACACUAAACCUACAGAAACAUUUGAAUAGUGAAUAAUUCAAACUUUACAUAACAUUACAAUUGAUUUUUUUUUAAUAUUAUGAUUUCAUGAAAUCCCAGUUAGUUAGUUCAUUUUGAAAAUAUGUUUUCACGUUUUAAAUUAAUCACAUGAAAAUGAAUUACCAUAUGUGGCAAAAUUGGUAUGAAAUUUUAAAAAGAGCGAGAACUAAAUGCUAAUAAUAUCUCAAUUGUUAAUCUUGUUUUUCUGUCUGUAUGUAUAUUUUGAUAAUUGUAAUUAAACAGAAAAGGGAUUUGGAUGAUUUUCGGUUCAAAGAUUUCGGUACCAAGACUUUCCAACAACUUUCAAAUACGUUAUUAAUUAUUAUUAAUUUGCGGCAGUAUAUUACCUAAGUUUUCAUUCAUUGAGAUUGGACGUAGUUAUUUUUAUACAAAAUAAAUAACGCUCCUAAUUUUAUUUAGACAAAAUAGUAGAGCAUCCCAAAGUAAACUAUACGUGUAUUAACACUUUUGAUGCAGUAUGGGUUUUAAGUAGCCUGUACUUGUAUGUCUUACUUGCGCUUAAGAAAAACAGACUUGAUUAUCGUGUUAAGAGCUAUUAAAUUUAUUCCAUGGUAAACCUGCGUUUAGUGGGUACAUUGGUACCACACUGACAAAAUAAAGUUAAGUUUUAUGGGAAAAGAUCCUAAAUGAAAAUUUUAGUAAGUACAGGGUCCAAAACAUGAAAAAAAAAACUACAGAUAAAUCACUGUCACUGUGAACGUGUUAAAAUACCAGUCAUUAAAAUAAAUCCCUAGAAUGUGUUAAAAAAGUACGUUAUGAAUCCUUGGAGCGCUGAGUCGGCACACGCGAUCGGAUCCGCGUCCGGGAAACGGACGCUGAAAAACCGAGCCCGAUGUUCUAAUAGCAGCGAUCCGGUCUUACACAACCAGGCGCGCUGGUUAGGGCAAUGUAAUGUUGGUUUAGCACUACUGUACCUAGUACCUACCAUAUGAGAUAAAAACAAUCGGGAAUUUAUUUUGAUUUUAAUUAUAGAUUUUGAGCUAGAGAUGAACGUACUCGUAUUAGGUAACGUAGUUUAAUUUUUUUUUAAUUAAUUGCCUAUCAUUUAAUGAUUAAAUUACUAAUUUUAUUUUAAAUACGUUUGUCCAGUGGUUAGCACUGGUCAUGAGAUUCUAGAUUCGAGUUCUGUUUCGGGAGGUUUUUCUUUCAUAGAAAUUUUCAGUAGCAGCCCGGCGUUGAAAAAUGGACUUCUUACGGAGACUAAUCUCUGCAGGGAUCUGUAAAAACAGGAUGAUUAGAAAUAUACGAUGUUUAUUUUCGGGUUAAAUGUUUCUAUAGAAAAAACUACGUUCCAGUUGUACAUUUUAUCGUAAUAUACGCACAAUUUUAAAAAUGAAAUUACAAUUACAUUUUUUUAUUUAUUACAUUUAAAAUUUACUGCAGUUAUUACUUAAGCAAAUAGUUUUGAAACACAAAAUCCAUGACAAUAAUCACAAACACAUAAUUUUAUAUACUAACUAAGUAACAAAAUACUUUUACACUGUUUGAACGAGUAUAUUAUACUCAUAUUGGUUUUGAAUUCGAAUAAAAUGUUCAAUAAAAAUUUAAAUUAUUCAAUAAAUUUCGGUUUUGUCUAAAUAUGUAUUUCUUAUAAUUGACAUGAAUUGGACCGCAAUGGAUUAGGUAAAUUAUGUUUUUGAUUCUUGUCGAAAUUAGUUAUGUGACAUUCGCACAAAGUACCAUAAAAUUAGUUACUUAUACUUUACAACAAUUUGCCUUAUAUAUACCGUCCAAUAUAUGUAUAUACGAGAAUAUUUUUUUUAGUACUGAUAUUAUGUAAACUAUGUACGUGUUGUUCAUGAUAUAAAUAUUGUAUCACCCAACCCUGAAACUAAUAUAUCUGAUUAGGGUUAUAUUAUUAGGUAUGUAUCUCUAAAAUUGAUAUUAUUAUAUAAAUUAUCGUUAUAAGAAUGCGAUGCAAAUGUGAGGUGUUAACGGACGGUUUUAAAGCCUUAAGGCCUUAUCACACGGGGCGGUUGGAGCCGAUCUACUCACUGUGGGAUAAACGCGCGUUUGCGAAACGCUGUUUUUUAUAAUAUUUUGACAUACCUACACUUAGAUAUAUUAUAGUAGAUCUCCGAUUGAUAUUAUUCAUUCUAAACAAGUACGUACACUUUGGUAGCAAUCAAUUUAAAUUAAUCAAAAGUUUUAUUCUAUACAAUUGAGCUGUAUUUUGAGCUUAGGUUAAAUGUAACUAAUGUAGCUUUAUACGUAACAUAUUUAGUAUAUCUCCAUCCUAAUCUGAGUCAUCACUUAUCAGACUGAUGAGAUUGUCCUAAAUCUAAAUUACGUAAUCAUAAGAUAAUCGGAGUUCUACAAUACAUUUACUUAUUGGAUAAUUUUAAUUACGUAUUUAUUAGAACACUUAAAGUACAUGGAUAUACGAUCGUGUUUCGCUCGCAGCGUUUCCUACAGAGUUGGUAAAUAAAGUACCUUUUUAGUAUUAAGUCACACUAGUUAUUUAAGUAUUUAUUGAUAAAUGUAAUUUUGUAAUUUUAUUGUAAAUCCUUCUGUCCAAUUUCGAAUAUCUACAAAUGACAUCGGGUCACUAUCUGAUGAAUGUAAUGGUGCUCUCACAUUACUGUUAUCUGACGUUAUAUAUCAGAGUUGUGUUACAUUUACCUACUAACUUAAUUUGUUAUUACUUGUAUUUAAUAUUUAAUGAAACCAUCAUUAAACUUUUUGGAACCGAUUAAAUAAUGAAUUUAUUGGCUUGAAAAACAUAAUUUUCUAUAUAUACAUUAUACUGGUAGUAAAUUAGUUUUCACAUGUGAAUUUAUAAUUAUUUUUUACAUGCAUUACAAUGCUGAUGACUUAUGACUUUGUGAUACUUUUUUAAAUGUAAUAUAAAAAAAUGUUAAUUAACGUCAUAAAACUGCUAUGUGGGUGCACCAUAUUUUAAAGGUUGUAGCAAAGUAUUAUUGUUGCUUCAUAUGCAUUUUUAUAUAGAGAAUAUACAGAUUCAUGAGAUAGUGUUACUCGAUAGUACUUUUUAUAGUAGGUAAUGAAAUGUUGUAGUAAGAAAAAUGUUAUAUUUUCGAGAGGUUUUUCCAUUAUAAGUAACUUGUAAAUUGAUGUAAAAUAAAUGGAGAUUUUUUUUGUUAAU